AUGAAGCUCUCCAACUUUUUUUGCCUAGUUGCGGGCACUUUCGGCCAGAUCCUUCCCGACUCUCAGGAUAUCAGUGAUGCCUUGGAUGCAGCAUCAGAUGCUCUCGGCUCAAUCAACACUGACAAUAUCAUCGACGCUGCAAACGGUGCUCUUGACUCCUUGAAUGGAAUCAACUUGGAAGGCGUUAACGAUGCUGUUAACGAUGCUGUUAACGAAGCUCUUGGGGAAAGUGGAGCAGAAGCUGCUCUUGCGUCUGCUGCAUUUACUGCUGUUCUUUUUGUCAUUCAGUGA